AUGAUUAAUCCUAAUGACCUGGUCUAUCGGGGCGAAGGAAACAACAAUAUCAUCCUGGCAGACAACAAAGGGCUUAUCUAUAGAGUUCGAAAGACGUCUCUUCCAGCUGUGCUUCCAACUAAGAAGACUCGUGCAUUCAAAAAGAGCCAUCAGAUAACCGUCCUAUUCGGCCAACACAGAAUGGCCCAGUACUUCGGGCCUGGGUUUGUGCAUCACUUUGAAUCUAUUUAUGUCGAUUCCUCCACUCUGAAGGCAAUCAAAGAUCGCUUUCAACCAAGUCGACCAGCUUUUCGUCUGGACCGCGAUGUGGAUGUGCAAACCAAUCGUGUUCUCGCCUGUCCCGAUGCAACUAUCCUACCCAGCCACCUUGUUGCCUACGGCAAGGGACCGGUGCUCUGUGUAGAAAUUAAACCCAAGUUCGGCGCAAUUCCUCGUGGACCGGAACGCGACCCAGUGGAGAUGGCAACUCGACGCAACGCGAUGUUUUGCAUAAUGCAGUUCCACGAGACAAAAAUGAGAAUGUGGGGUCGCCGAUCAUCGUACUGCCCAUGUGACCUCUUUUCUGGGACUCCUGGACGAAUGGUGCGCGCUCUCGAGGCGAUGCUUGAAGUUCGUCAGAAUAACCUCCGUGUCUUCCUUAAUAGCCGCUGCGUUUUAAACAACCGCAUCGAUCACCUUGACGACGCACUGGCGGACUUCUUUUACUGCGAUCAGGGCGACACUGCAACCGCGGAGUGUUCCACAAACACUGGCGUCGAGGCGAAUUACUACAGUUCGGGUGAUUCUGUCGACUGCACUCCUCCACUUCUCAGCUCAGGUCCCGAAGAGUCCUCUUCGGAUGACAGCGAGUCUUACCCUAAUGAAACUUGCCGUAUCCACUUGCCCCGUCCAAUCCCCCUUCGCCAUCGCCUCAUCACCGAUCUGAUCUUGGCCGGGCUCCUUAGCGAAUCGCCUUCCUCCGCUUCCAGUGUCAUUAAGAGGUCGCCCCAUUUCCGCUACGACUGUGACCUCCAUCCUCACCUCCCCUCUCCGGUUUUACAGGACACAUCUUCCUCCUCCUCCUACGUUCCCAGCUCCGUUUCCCGGUGUUGUGAUCUGCCCCUGAAUUCGGCGCUUGGUCGGAUUCUGAAUGCUCAGUUAGAGAGCUCUCUUAGUCACCAAGACAUGAUUGAGCACUACAAACGGGUUGCCGCGUAUUUCGAGGAACACGAUAUUUCCUGGACCUCCUACAUCGCCGGAAAGGUCACCGUGAACGUGGAGGAAACGCCUUCCGACCUCGUCAGAAGUCUUGAACUAGUGGAAAAGCACUUGGUUGCAAUGGUCGCUCGUGAUUGUUCGGUGAUGCUCACUUUCCAGCGGGCCAAAUCAGACUGCCCGGAAGGCGUGUUGACGGUUGGUGGAGACUGUCCAUGUGUCCCCAAAACCAUACUCAACAUCAGCAUCGUAGAUUUAGACCCGAAGCAGUUGAGCAACCUCGAAGAACGAGUGGAAUCUGAGCGACGAGUUGUGGAGCAAUUUCUGGUGGAACAAGAGAAGAAAUGA